GCGGCGGCGGCGGCGCAUGCGCGGGAGGCGGUGGUUGCCCUGGCAUCGCAGCUGAGGGAGCCGCAGCCCGUGAGGGGGACGACGGAGGGGAAGCGCGCGGAGAGGCGGCGGCGGCGGCGGCGGCGCCCCUGAAACCCCGGGAGCGGCCGGAGGAGGAGGAGGAGGAGGAGGCAGAGGGCCGCCCGGGCCCCGUCUUGGCCGAGAUGAGGGACCGCCUGGCCGAGCUGGCAGCGGUGAGGGCGGCGGCGGCGGCAGAGGGAGGGUCCCGGGGGGGGGCGGGGGGGUUGUCAGCCUGGCAUCAGGUUGUCUGGAAGGCGCCCCCUAGAGGGGCUCCAGCCCCUGGGGUGGGGUUCCGGGGGGCUUACUUUGGAGUAGGCGCGCCCCGGGGUCGCUGAGCCCCGAGUUCGGGUCCACCUCGCGCUGCUGCUCUCGGGUGUAACGUAAAACGUAUAAAUAUGAAAUCGGGUGCUAUUUUAUUGUUAGGAUUUAUUCGUUUGUUCCCCCCCCCCCCUUCUUCAGCGCGACUUCUGAGUAGGCAUAUGUAAAGGGGCUGGGCACUUCGCAGCAUCCUCGUGUUGUUGCACUCGUGAAAGACUCGUGUCGAUGCUAAACGUGUGUGUUUUUGUGUGCAUAUUAUUAUUAUUUAUUAGUUUGCUGGAUUUCGGUUGGGGGGGUUGUUUUGUUUUUUGUUUACUUUGUUUACAGCGGGUCUUUGCUUUUGAAUAGGCGCCUAAAGGGCUGGGCUCCGUGUUAGCAGCAUCCUUGCUUUGCUCUCAUAAAAAAAAACCUAAAAAAACAAACCCCCGUGUUAAUAUAAAAUGUGAGUGCGCAUUUCAUUAAUGUUGUUGUUUUCAUUAUUAUUGUGCUGGAUUUAUUCAUUUGGGGGUUAUUUGCUUACUUUAAAGAGACAUUUUUUUGAGUGUGUGUGUAUGUAUGUAUUAUCUCUCCAUCUGAAGAUCACAGGGCAGUUUGCAGUGUAAAAAUACAAAUUGAGAAGACAAAUAACAGGAAAAACAUAAGCAAUAACCUGCUUCUAAAAGGCUAAGCAUGAACAUGCUAUUUAAAAUGGGUAUUUAGCUCUCACAAUUUUGUCUGUGUGUGUGUGUGUGUGUGUGUGUGUGUGUGUAGAGCCUUGAAAAUAUGUAAAAGAGCUCUUAAUUCAUAGCAUUCUCCUUGCCUUACUCUCAUUAAAGCCUCAUGUUAAUAUAAAAUGUGCAUGUGCACUUUUAUUAUGAUGAUUAUUGUGCUGUAUUCGGUUUUGGAUUUUUUUUUACUUUAAUGGGGCUUAACUUUGAGUAGGUGUGUAAAGGACUGGGCUCUGAGUAUGUGUUUGUCUUAAAAUGUGCAUGUGCACUAUAUUAUUAUGUUGGAUUGCUUCGUUGUUUUUUCUUUUUCUUUAAUAGGGCUUACUUUUGAGUAGGCAAGUAAGGGAUUGCUCUUGAGGACUGUCUUUAUCUGACCUGUGCACGAAUUUCAUAAAGACUCCUGUGUAUGCAUAUUUUUAUUAUGCUAGAUUGAUUAGCUUUUGUUUUUUACAUUUUCUUUUAUGGGACUCACUUUUGAGUAGCUUGAGAUCUGUCUUUAUAGCAUCCUCAUUGUACUGCUCUCAUAAAAACUCGUUUCAGAUAAAAUGUGUGCAUGUAUGUUUUUACUAUGCUAAAUUGAUCUGUUUUUCUUUACUGCUCCAGAUUCUCAUUGUGUGCAGAAAAGCAGAACAUGCUUAGAAACAUAUAUAAUCUAACACAUAUACACAUUAUAUAAUGUACAUAUUAAAAUGUGUAUGUGCCUGUGUACACACCAUACAUUUAAAGCACAUCCCUCCCAAAGAAUCUUAGAAACUGUAGUUUAAGUGUGCUGGAAAUUGUAGCUCUGAGGAGUGAACUGCAGUUCCCAAGGUUCAUUGGGUAGGGAAAUCUGUAGUGUAUAUGCUCCCUUUUUCUUUUUUACAUUUUCAUAAUUUUUUUACAAAAAGGUAUAAACAAGUUUAAUGACUAUCUAGUACAGUACAAUAAAAAUAUGUGUGCAUAAAUUUAAUAUAAUAGAGCUUGUUUGUUUUUAGAGGCAUCUAAUGUAAAGUGUGUUUGUGCAACUGUGUAUGUAUUGGACUGGAUUGUACUUAUCUUUUAAAUGGGUGGAUAACCUGCAAUCCUUCAGGUGUUUCUGUACUCCUUAACUCCUCUUACAACAGGGACUAUAAGAAUGGAUGAUGGGAGUUUUAGUUACCUUUUAAAAAUAUUUAACGCUUUCCCAGUUGGUUUGCUGUGGUUAGCUUCAGAAGUACCUGUUUCUUCUGUGAUUUUUUAGAUGCUAGGAAGAGGUGUAUUUCAAGCCCUUGUUGCAUCUAAGAAUUAUUUUCUUCCCUGACAUUCUGAAGCAGUGGAGCCACAUUUGACUUCCUUUGCCCCAUAUAGCAUUCCUAAGGGUAAGAACAAUUUGCCCUUAGAAGAACACAGAUCUUCCUUAAUGCUUUCUGCAUGUGUUAGAGAAAGCCCAGAGUAGUAAUUAAUACAGAACAGGCCACUUCUUCUGACAGUGGAUAAGUCUGCGGUAUCUCUCUGCUGGAAGGGAUCAAAUACUCAAAUCACACCUAAUGCAGAGAUGUGUCAAAUUACCCACCCUGGUUGGAAUGCAGUAGCUGAGGUGCAGUGGGGAGGUGUUUGGGUGGGUUGGUAUUUGGGACUUACAAUUUCUUCUAAUGAUUGGUUUAGUUUUGCAUACAGUUUGGCAGCUGCCCUUAUAGGUGGUUUACCUUCAGAGUAUGGUUAAUGAAUGAGAUGUUCUUUGAGGGAUGUGCAAGUUGGGGUCAGGUGCAUUUGUGCCAGUGUAAAGGAACUUUAAGGCAGUGCAUCAUGUUGAUGAUGGUUGGAGGCAAAGGUGCCGAGUUGCGCCCAACAUUGGGGUACCCAUCGUUCGUGCAUGAUGUCACACGCACAUGGCCCCCCAAACCAGUUAGGUCAACUCACCCCUACCCCACCCCCAUCUUAAGUUGUCUUUGUUUGCGCUGUCUCAAGGCUAAGGCUGCCUUAGCGAGGCUAAUUCUUCCCCCUUCGUGGGGCUUGCUGACGUGCUUUAGUGCAUCCCUUUGAGUUUGCCAGGGCGCCUUCUUGGAGGGCGCCCUGGCAAUCAUCAAAGGGAUGAGCUGGGAUGAAGAUGUUUUGCCCCACCACAUCCCUGGUGGAGGACGCACCAGGGCAAAUACAGUUCACCCCACCAUGUCCCUAGCACACCUUUCAAUAAGUAGCCCUUGCAAUCCUCAAAGGGAUGCACCAGUGCGAAGAUCCCUAGCCCACAAAUAUUGAGGGGGCUGAGGACAGCUUGGCCCCUGGGUUUGUCAUGCUUGUUUGGAGGUGACAUUUGGUGCAUGAGAUGGCAACUGGAAUGGGGAGGUGAAUGAAUGUGAUGUCUGUGGGGCAGAGGUUUGAAAUCCGUACUAUAACUGCUAGGGAUCUAUGAGAAGGCAUGGGUUAAAGUGAGGCACAGUCUCUAAGAAGCAAAACCCUGAACUGGUUCCUGGAUGAAGUGCAACUUCCUGAGGUAGCUUUAGGCAAGCUGUAUCUCUUGGGCUCAUGCUUCCAAAGAAGAAGGUGGUGGGUGGGGACUGGAAGAAACAAAGUCACUGUGAGGAUCGGUACACAGGAACAGAUGCAUUGUGUGAAGUGUAACUGAGGCUGUGUACACACUAACCCAUUUGCAGCACAAAAAUGUAGUUUUUCACAAUUUGGAAUUAUUCAAGUUUGUCCUCAGCAUGCCUCUUCCCGUCUUGAUUGAUUUGCGAUCCUGUCAUCCACAAGGGUGGGUGUGGUUAAUUUAUAUGCUUUUGAAAACCCUCCCCUUGAUUAGGUUAUCCAUUCCUUUUCCUUCCUGCACUUGUCCAAGGUGAAUGAAGGAGGAAGUGGUGAUCUUGGUAUGUACCUAUCUGGUAUCUUAUUGGGCAGGUGUGGAUACACACACACACACACACACACGGCCCAUUCCUACAUCUGUUUUCAAGUGGACAUACUGUGAGGUGGUGCAGAAUCAAUCCACGUUAAGUUUUUAUUUUCAGAAUGAAGCCAGAUUUUCAGGAAGUGUUUUUCAGGGGGGCAAGUGUAUAUGUAGUAGAGUUUUAUUGCACAUGGGCUACAUAGAAAAAGCAAGUACACAGUCUAUUGUUUCUAGAAGUCACAUGUUGUGUUUAUGUAGCCUGAGCAUGGUAAUCAUGCUAGUGAGGCAAAUGGGAAGGAGCGCAUUGCUCAGGUGUUACAGAUUGGGAAAUGUGCAUUGACUUUAGAUGGGUUGUGUAGGCAGGGAAUAGAGAGCAGCAGCUGCUGCAAGGGAAGUGGAUGUGAAUUGGUUUAAACUAGAUGGAGCUUAUGGGAGGGUAGUCAAGCUUCGGUGGGAUAUUUAUGAAAAGAUAAAUCUAUGCCAUCCUCCAGUCAAUGGAUUGAGGAUAUGACAACACUCACAACUUAUGAACUGAUUGCUUGUAGACGUAGACGGUAUGUGGACAAGUAUAAUGUUAUUAGGAAUACGUUUAUUAAAAUGCAGUUGUACCUCAUAAGUUGAACGCUUUGCGAUUCAAAACUUUCUGGCUCCUGAACACAGCAAACCCAAAAGUGAGUGUUCCAGUUUGCGAAUGUUCUUUGGAACCCAAACGUCCGACAUGGGUUCUGUGGUUUCUGAACAUUUUGGAAGUCAAACAGAUUGACUUCCGAGGUAAACUGUAUAGUGGGUUAUAAAUAACCAUAUAUGUAUUUGGAUGAUAGUAACAUUUAUAUACAUAUGUACUCGUCUAGCAUAUAUGGAAUUGUAGUUGUUUGCAUAUAUAGUGACAUAAUAUACCUUCCUCCCCUUUUUUCUUUUUUAAAUUCACUUUUUAUUUCCAUUUUAUUUUGUUCAGUUGACAUAUUCUUAAUAAAAAAUAGUAAUAAAAAAGCUGGGGUGGGAUAUGACUGUUGGAGUGGUGUUUUGAGAGGAUCACGGGGUGUUAGACUGGUCAGUAUGGCAGCAUGGAGGGGAUGCUACCAAGUUGAGUCAUGACAUGUACCAUUUGAGUGAGGCUUUGUGGUACAUUAAUCUGCGUGGCAUGACUGAUGUGGGUUUGGGGAGUUGAGUUGUGAGGCAGUAACUGGAUUUGAACAGCAACCAUGUGAGCAUGUACACACAUAUAAUAAUAAUUUACAUAAUUUUAUAUGCCGCCCACCCGACUGGCUUACCCCAGCCGCUCAGCAAAAUAUAUGUAACCUGAUCCAUGAAUCAGGGGAAGCUUAGCAUGAGAGCUAAUGCAGAAAGCAGAAUCCAGCUUGGGCCUGUAUCACAGGCGCUGGGAUAGUCAGGAGAUGCAAACAGGAAAUAUGGGUCAGGAAGGGUUGCCAUGUGGUAAGGAUAGCGUGCAAAGGAAAAGCAACAGAUUAGCCUUGAAAAUUUCAAAUAAAGGCAUGAUGGGAAAUUGAGUGUUAGUCCAAGUUUUUGUGGAUCCUGUGCUGAUCUCAUCUUAUUUCACCCCGUGGUCCUCUACCCCAGUCUCAAAAUGCAGCUGCCUACCCACAUGCACUGCAUUCGUUUCCAUUGCCCCAACUCUCGCAUUUCUUGUUUCCCAUUUGUGUGUUCCUGUGGCGGUUUCUCUGUCUUUUGACCCAAUUUCUUCUUGGUUUACUCUGUAAAAUAUCAUGUAUGCUUUAUCAAUACGUUGUUGUUGUUUAGUCGUUUAGUCGUGUCCGACUCUUCGUGACCCCAUGGACCAGAGCACGCCAGGCACUCCUGUCUUCCACUGCCUCCUGCAGUUUGGACAGGCUCAUGCUGGUAGCUUCGAGAAUACCAUCCAACCAUCUCAUCCUCUGUCGUCCCCUUCUCCUUGUGCCCUCCAUCUUUCCCAACAUCAGGGUCUUUUCCAGGGAGUCUUCUCUUCUCAUGAGGUGACCAAAGUAUUGGAGCCUCAACUUCAUGAUCUGUCCUUCCAGUGAGCACUCAGGGCUGAUUUCCUUAAGAAUGGAUAGGUUUGAUCUUCUUGCAGUCCAUGGGACUCUCAAGAGUCUCCUCCAGCACCAUAAUUCAAAAGCAUCAAUUCUUCGGCCAUCAGCCUUCUUUAUGGUCCAGCUCUCACUUCCAUACAUCACUAUUUAUCAAUACAAGCACACCUUAUUAUAUUGCAUGUCAAAGAUAUUGCUCCUUACGAGGACAUGGGCAGUCUGGCCACUUCCAGGGGAAGGAAGUCCUCCACUAUUCUGCUUCUGGCCACGGGAGUGGAGCUGACUGGGGCUGGAACUGGGCUUUCCCCCUCUCACUCCUGCAGCCAGCAGGACUUGGCAUAAUAGACUACUAUAUAGUGUAAACAUCACUUUUAUAUGCACUAGCACUGGGGAACAAAUAAUAAUAAUGCUUAACUCGCUUUAUUACAAUACUUGCUUUAUUGAGAGUGGUCUGGAACUGAACCCACAAUAUCUCCAAGGUAUGCAAUGCAGUGGUACCUCAGGUUACAGACACUUCAAGUUAGACUCUGCUAACCCAGGAAUAGUACCUCGGGUUAAGAACUUUGCUUCAGGAUGAAAACAGAAAUUGCACGGCGGCGGCAGCGGGAGGCCCCAUUAACUAAAGUGGUACCUCAGGUUAAGAACAGUUUCAGGUUAAGAACGGACCUCUGGAACGAAUUAAGUUCUUAACCUGAGGUACCACUGUAGAACUAAAUGUAAUAGAACUAAAAUGAAUAUUAAUUCAUAUAGUGUUUAACUUCACAUAAGGAUCAGAGAGGGAAUCUUCCAGGAAAUUGCGCACACACACAUACAGUACCUUUGAGAUAAAUUUCUGUACUGUGAAAAAAGAGUCACUUCAUUAUCUGUUUUGCUAGAAAACAGGAGGUGUAACUAAUCCUGCAAUUUUUAAUGUGAUUUGCUAGUGUAGUUUUCAGGUUUUGUGCAAAUCUGAGGGGUCAAAGGGGGAAACAGUUCAGGAACAUGCUUGAACUAGUUAGGGGCACAGCUGGAGAGAAAUGAAAGCAUUGACGGAAUCAGUGUGUGUGGAAAAGGGGAGUUGCAGAAAGUGGUAAUUCAUCUACCCACCCAAAAACAGAGAAGUAAAUUGCAACCCUGAGUGCUGUGUUUUGGAACCCAAUUUUCCCCAGUUCAUUAGUGGGUAAACCUGUAUUUAGAGGGGGAAAGCGAUGAGAUCGGUGGCAUGUUUGGGAACUGGCUAUUCUCCCACCCUAGGUUUCUAUGUGCAGGGAUUCUUGUCUUUGGUUUUAUACAGAAAAACCUUUGGACUUGUGAGUUUGAAGUGGUGUAGUUAAGAGGCAGGUUGCUCGUGUGAGAAUCAGUCCCCUGAGGAGCGGAAACGCCCCUCUGUUGUUCAAAUCAGCCCCCGUUAUAGCAGUUACAGAUGCAGAUAAGAUUAUUUCUCUGUUUUAUGCCCAUGGGGAAAGGGAUAGGGAUUGCGUGGCUCUUCCAGAGGCUGUUGGACUCCCAACUCUCACCAGCCCCUGCCAGCAUGGCCAACAGGGAGGGAUGAUGAGAAUUGCACUUCAGCAAAGUUAGGAGGGCCAGAGGCGUUUGAGCUUCCUUUGGGAACAAUGAAAGUACUGCAUCUGCCUGCAUUUUUUGUAUGUUUACAAGUGGGCAUUCAAGCUGUGUGUGUGAGUGAGAGAGAGAGAGAUACAUAUAUGCUUUCCUUCCGCCUAUUCUUAUCUCUUCCUGACGCAGCAAAAGUUGAGAGGGAGGUGUUGAGGGUGUGAGAGAGAGGUCUUUUGUUUUAGCAUUGGUGGAAACUCAUGAAAUGGCGUUUGGAGAAUUAUGCCUUCGGCUUUUGCAUCUGUAUUCUGGAGAGCACCAAAGCAGUGCAAUAUACCUAUCUUGUUUUCCCAAUAACCCUUCAGGAUAGGCUGUUCCUAUUUGAUUUAGCUACAUCCAAAGUUGCUCUAUCACUGUCAUGUGGGUGUGAUUGGAAUACAGGGUUGUUGUUAUUGUUGUCGUUAUUGUUUUGCAUCUUACAGUUAAGCUAUUGCAGGGGCAGGGAACCUCUAGCCCAUGGACCCGCGAGGCCCUUUCUCCACACCUGAUGUAGUAUGAAAUGUAAGGUUUGGGUUGUGUAGCUGCCAACGCACAAUCAGAAGCCUUAAGCCUAUUUUUAUUUUAACUUUUUGAAAGUCUUGAAUUAGCGUUCAUUUUUCUUACAAUUUUACUGUUUUAUUGUUUUUGUAAAUUACUUUGAGGUUGUUGUUUUUUUUUAAAAAAGCCAUGUAUCAGUUUUUUGAAAUGCUGCCGAACUCCUUCACAUGCCCAGUGCUUGUAGAACGCAGGCUUUGGUUGUAUUGCAUGUUUAGGUAAAGAUAAAGGGACCCCUGACCAUUAGGUCCAGUCGUGGCCGACUCUGGGGUUGCGGCGCUCAUCUCGCUUUAUUGGCCGAGGGAGCCGGCGUACAGCUUCUGGGUCAUGUGGCCAGCAUGACUAAGCCGCUUCUGGCGAAACCAGAGCAGCGCACAGAAACUCCAUUUACCUUCCCACCAGGGCGUUACCUAUUUAUCUACUUUGCACUUCGAACUGCUAGGUUGGCAGAAGCUGGGACCGAGCAACAGGAGCUCACCCCGUCACGGGGAUUCAAACCACCGACCUUCUGGUCGGCAAGCCCUAGGCCCUGUGGUUUAACCCACAGCGCCACCCGUGUCUCUUGCGUGGGAGGGUUCUUUGUGCGUAUUGCAUUGCAGCCACAGACACAAACACACAAUUUCGAGGAGACAACCAACCACUCAGCUGAGUAGAGUUUGGAUCAGGGAACUGUCCCAGAUGCAACCGUCAGUCUAAGCUAGAACGAUGAUAAGUUGUUCUUCCAGGGCCGCUGGGUGCUGAGGUGGCUAUAGAAAACGGGACUUAUUCAAGCAAAGCAGAAUGGAGAAUUGGGUUAACAGAUGUUAGCCCCACUGGUUUUUCUUAGACUUGCUCCCUAGUAAGUGUGCAUAGGAUCACAGCCUUAACUACAUAAUUAGGAAGUGCUUAAAUGGAAAAAAACAUUUCAUAAGUUAUUCUCCAAAGACUUCAUAGGAAAGUUUGAGGAAUAAAUAUUUCCGAUCUGUCUUGUGUGCCAUAAGCUUGUUCUACGUCUUUCCAGUGAGUCAUGGGGGGUGCAGGGAGCACAGGAGGGAAAGACCUGUUUAUUGCACAUGAGGGAAAAUCAGUAAUGAUUUUUUGUUGUCAGUGUUUUAAGUGUGGUUUAGUGCAGCAAGUACUAGCCUUAAAAUGUAGUUUGAUUAGUAAAAUAUGUUGUUAUACACAAGGACAAAGUGAUAGCUAAUUUUAUUGCUAUAUAAUAGCUUGCAAAGCUAGAAAUCAUCAUCUUCUUUUUUGUCUUGAGGUUGAAACAAAUUUGUUUCUUUUAAUGCAGGCACAAGGAACCUCUGGCUCUCCAGAUGUUCCCAAACUACAACUCCCAUCUUUCCUGGCCAUUAGCCAUGCUUGUUGGAGGUGAUGGGAGUUGUAGUUCAACAACAUCAGGAGGGCCAAAAGUUCCCUACCAGUGUUUUAAUGGAUAUCUUUGAAUAACAUAAUACUUGUUUUUUUAAAGCGCACCCAAAAUGAAGAUGGAGAGGCAUCUGUUGUUGUUGAAAAUGACCAUUAUAUGGAAGACUUCUUCCAGCAGGUAAGAUGCAUGCAAGAGACUACCAAGAAGGAGCUACAUAUUGUAAUAAUCAUAUUUAUUUAAUGCAGUAAAUCAUAGAAUUGUAGAGUUGGAAGGGACCCCUGUGCUUGGCACUUAUGAAGGCUGCAAAGCUUGCUCAGCAUGCAUCCCUUUUCAAAUGCCUGACAAUCAGCUGGUUGACGGGUGUUUGGGAAGUGCUGCAUACAGGGAUGAAUUACCGUAUUUUUUGCUCUAUAAGACUCACUUUUUCCCUCCUAAAAAGUAAGGGGAAAUGUGUGUGCGUCUUAUGGAGCGAAUGCAGGAUGCACAGCUAUCCCAGGAGCCAGAACAGCAAGAAGGAUUGCUGCUUUCACUGCACAGUGAUCCCUCUUGCUGUUCUGGCUUCUGAGAUUCAGAAUAUUUUUUUUCUUGUUUUCCUCCUCCAAAAACUAGGUGCGUCUUGUGGUCUGGUGCGUCUUAUAGAGUGAAAAAUACGGUAUCUCUACCACCCUACCCUCAUGGACCAGCUUUGAUAGGUCUCUAUCAAUCGAUUCCAUUACAAUGCCAGAUAACUGACAGGUGGAUGGUUGCAUCCACAUGUCAAAGUCGCAGCCACCCACAGGGGACAGGGGCAUAAAUAUCUUGCCCUCCUGGUCAAAAAGGUCCCCCACUCUUGGUUUUGGAACCUCUGAACUUGGGUUUGAAGAUGAGUUCUGGGUGACAAAGGUUGGCCUAUGUUAACCAAAGUGAGUUCCAAAAAUUCUGUGUUCCUAGUUUAAAAGUAAUUCUCUCCUUGCUGUUUUCCAACCUUCAUCUCAGUCCUGGCAUAUGUAUAAGAGAACCAUCACAACUUGGUGAAGUAAUGAUCACCUUUCACCAGCAAUAUAUUUCCUCUUUCUUUGAUCAGGGCUUCUGUAACUUACCUGGGCGGGUAAUAAAUUAAAUUAAUUUGCCCCCUCCCAACAUUUUUAAAUUGUAAUAACUACAAAUAGACUCAGAAAAAAAGAAAAGAAAGAAAAAAUAGUUUUAAAAGAAAAGCGGGGAGUUGUCAAAGUUGGAAAUAAAGGAAUAUGCAGUUUACUAAGUAAAUAACAAAACAUAUUAAAGGGAAGGGAAGUGUGGCCUAAAUCAAAACAAUUACAUACUUUCAUUUCACACAACCCCAACCGUCAACAGUACUCAUUCCAAACACUCGCAUAGACCUGUGGUACCUGACACACCUGAGCCACUGUGUUUGUAUAUAAAAUAAAAUUAGACCAAACGACGAGCAAGUGAUCUCAAGCACUUUGGCCCCUGAUCACUUUUAACUUAUGUGAGACUUUUUUUUCCAAGAAGGGCAAUUUGCCAAGUCUUGGAAUACCAGUAGUCCAGAUUAUUGAGAUCAAAUGUCUUCCAAAAUGUGACAAUUGUGACAUGGGUUGCUGUCAAAAGAUGUGAAAUCAGUUCCUUGUUAUUUGGGUCUCGAUCGGAAUCUGUGAACAAAUUCAAAAGAGCCAGACAGGGGAAGGAUGAAUCGUAGAAUUCUAGAGUUGAAAGGGACCACGAGGGACGUCUAGCCACAACCUCUGGCAAUAUGGGCAUCUUUUUGUCCAACUUGGGGCUCGAACCCUUGACCCUAAGAUUAAGAGUCUCAUGCUCUACUGACUGAGCUAUUCUAGUUGCUCUCAGAAUAUACUUUUCCUUUGAAGCACUCCUAUCACAUUGAAAUAAUGGAUAACAUAACAUAUUGUGAAAAUGUCUUGGAUAAAUUUGUGCAAUAUUUUGAUUGUAGCUUGACUUACAGCCCGUGCUUUUUUUCCUUAAAAAAUGUUUAGGGGCACUCUCAUUUUCCUACUCAUAUUGAAAUUUGUUGUUUAGUCGUGUUCGACUCUUCAUGACCCCAUGGACCAGAGCACGCCAGGCACUCCUGUCUUCCACUGCCUCCCACAGUUGAAAUACUUGCCCCUUAAUGAGGCCAAACUUAGAUUUGCAAAAUGUAUAGGGGUAUGCAUCCCCCCAGAAAAAAUCACUGCUUACAGCAAACUGUAAUAUGGGUUUUCUGGGAAAUUUCUGAUACCCAAGAGAUUAGUCCCAUUUAGCAUGCUUAUUUUACUUGUACUUGGUAAACAAAGCUAAAAACGUCUGAAACAACCAAGCUUGCCUAAUAUUGUAUCAGCAGUUGGUGUCCAGUCAUUAUUACUGAUAAACUUAUGAAAUGGAAAAUACCCUGCUUCACUGACAGAAAAGGGGUGUGUUGUUGUUCCUCCUUGUUCUAGGAUAUCAUCUCUUGCUAGGCGCUACCUAAUGGACCCACUCAGACAAAUGAACUGUGGAUUUAGUAUUGCAACAGAUUAUUGGCUCAUUGUGAUUAGAAGCAAAGCUACCUCUCCCUUUGCUGAAUUUAUUCAUUUCUCUCUCUCGUUGAUGUUCUCUUUAAAGGUUGAGGAAGUUAGAAAGUACAUUACCAAAAUAGCAGACGUUGUGGAAGAAGUGAAGAAGAAGCACAGCGUUAUUCUUUCUGCCACACAUCCUAAAGACAGUAAGCUUUUCAUUUUGUGACUCUGAAAAUGCAUGCUCACUGAAUUUGCAUGAAAGGUUAUAGUCUGUGAUGGGUUAGCAAGUGAAGCUAGAAUAGAAUAGAGAGCUAAGUGGGGGAUGCUUGUGUAAUCUCACUGUAUACAAGUUGUACAAGUGACAAUAAAGUUUUUUAAAAAAAAAAAACAAAAAAAGGCAAGGCAAGCCUAUCUUGGAAAGGUCCAGGUGUUUUCUGUGGGUGGCAUCACUUCCUCUGUAACCUCUUUGGUGCUUGUGCAUACUAGAAUCUGUGUACCACACCUGUCCCCAACAACCAGUGCCUGCGCAGGAAAGUGUGUGCUUCUCAGUGUGGCAUUCUGCCUUGAUGGGGGUCAUUAGGGGCAUUUUAUUUAUUUAUUUGCUUUCCCCCUUUUGUGGAUGCUGUGAGAAAGAUUCAUCAGGCCUUAGCCAGCUCCUGCCAUUUCUCACAAAAUCCACAAGGAAACUUUGGUCUCGGCGUAAUGUUUGCUACACAUGGCUCUUUUGCAGGAAACAUUCCAAGGUGCUCCCAAGGAGGGGAAAAGUUUAUGGUUUUGAUCUGAUCCUCUGGCUCCCUAAAUGCUUUCUAUAUGGCCAGGGGGCAGUCAGCACAUCUAGUUUCACAUUUUGUGGAGCUAGGUGGAUAAGCUUCUCCCAGACUUCUGCUCUAUUCUGCAGGUUGUGGUGUUGGAGUGGUCCACACUAGUGAUGUUAAAUUCUCAAGAAUAAUCUAUUGGAGAAUAGUCUCAAGAAUAUUCUCGAUUAAUGAGAAUAUUAGAGAAUUUACAUUUAAAAUAGGAGAAUAUUCAUUUUAAUGCAUUGAAAAUUACAUAAAUAGUUAAUAUACCUGUUUAUUCAUGGGUAAACUUGUUCAGAUGUCAACCAAAACCUGUACAGAUACAUUUAUUCAAUGGGGCAAUGCAGUGAAUUACAUUCUUAGAUUUUUUGCACCAAACUUGAAAUUGAAAAUUCAACGUGAAUGACUCACGUUAAUCACUAAGCCUGCCACUAACCAUAUGUUUACCAUCAACUUUGAAUUCUAUUUAUGUUGUGUAUGUAUGAAGUGUAGCUUUUAAAGUGGAAGGAAUUAAAAAAAAACUCCUCAGGUCCGCUACAUGAGUACAUUCUUUAAUAAGCAUAUCUACAUGGUACUGUAUUUUCAGUGCAACACUAAUAAAAUCAAUAUAAAUUUUAAACUAAAUGCUAUUAUUUCCAGUAAAUAAAACACAAAUGGUUUUAUUAUGCCCAAUGCCCAGUUAUGUAACUGGAUAAAAAAAAAAUCAUUAUUCAUUACUUACACUGGCAAUAUCACAGCUCGAUUUAUUAUUUACUAGGUUUUUUAAAUGUGGGUUGGUUCUUAUGUUAGAAUUUACAGUUUGUGGAGAAUAUUCUCCGGAAAGAAUUUUCUAGCAGAGAAUAUUCUCAAGAAUAUUCUCAUUCUCGAGAAUAUUCAAUAGAAUAUUCUUACCUCACAUCACUAGUCCACGCCAUACCAUGUAAAAAACAAAAAAACCCACACCCACUUGCACCUUGCAAACAAGAGUAGCAUAUCAGGAGAAGGAGUGCCAGGCCAGCUUUUAUGAAGAAGGAAGAUGCAUCUUGUAACACUUGUAGGGACUGGGCUGGAAAAGGAGGAUGUGAUGAUGAGCUUCUCUUUCCCCAGAGAGCAAGGCUGGCUAGGUUGCUUUGGCCUGAGGGCUGCAUUCACCCUUGGCCAACCCUCGGAGACUCCAUGCCAGCAGCAAGUGUUGCUGAAAGUGGGUGUGACCAUCUCACACUCUAACCAGCAUGCUUGCAUACACAUGGACAGAGACAUGCACACACGCAGGCACACAGCCUCCCCUUGCCUCUGCUGAUCCCUGCCCUGUGUUGUGCAUGAUUUGUUUUUUAUACUGCAACCAUAAAGAAUUGGUGCUGUAUUGAGGUCAUGUUUAAAAAAUUGCACGAGCCCGAACUGAGGGACUCCAUCCAUUGAGGCCUGCCUCAGCCUGAUAGUGCUGGAAUAACAUCUUUUAUUGUCCUGACAGAGCAAUCUAUACCUUUUCAUCCCAAAUGCUUACCUGCUGCCACCUCAGAUCUUCGGAUCAGGCCCUCCCAUCCAAACCUAGAGUCCAGAUAAAAUGAAAACGCAAGGAUUUAAGCUAGGGUAGUUCCAUCAGCAUUUGUGGGUCUAAGGCUGGUAGUGCAUUUUCACUGACACCACUAAGGCUUACUUUCAAGUAAACAUGCCUAGAGGUAAGGUAGAAUUUAUUUAUUUUUUAAAAAAGAAACUUAGUUAUUUGGAUUAACUGUGCUGUGCCUAUUGAGCACGAGACUUUAAAAAAUCCACUUGUUUCCCUAACAGUUGUGAUCAUGAGCUAAUUUUAGCUCUCUAUACAUCUAAGAGCAGAAUGAGCUAAAUGCAGCAUACACUAUUCUCUAGAGAAAUACGAAGCAGUGCUUGGUACAGUUGUUUGGCUGGCAGGGGGUGGGACGACAAUGAUCCGCUAAUGGAGGCUCAGAUAUAUAGAGCAUUGUUUUAUAAGAAAUCAUUUAAAUUUUAAACGGAUGUCUGUGGUUAUGUAAAGUAUGAAUUGAUUGCAGCUAUUUCUUGUCUGCUAGCUUGAUUUGGAAGAUGAUACAAAACUGGAAUUACUAUUUUUUAAUCACUAAUAAAGUGCAGGUGUCAAAAGAUAAGGCAGUCCUUGCCUACAGUCUCAGUGUCUAAUAGACAUGAAUAUUUAAAGGCUGUAGACCAAAUAAACCAGUAGAAAUAGACACAACACAAAAGGGAAAACGAGCAGUAAGGGUAGAAUAAAGCAAACCAUUUCAGAUUUCACUUUUCCAAUUUAGAUGUUUUGCUUAUGCUGGUCUGUGACUGUAAUAAAGUAAAUUCACUUUUUCAAGUUGCAUGAUCUCAGUGGUAUUGAAGCCAGGUCUCUCCCAGUCUUUAAGUAAACAAAUCAUUCCAGCAGUCCUUAGUCCCCUAGUUAAUGGCAGAGUCCAGAGUGUGCUUUUCCCCCACUCUGCUGUUCCAGGGCAAUUUGCAGUUGGAGCCAAAUUAUUUCUGCAGUUCUUUCUGGCUCCUAGGAGAUGGAAGCAGGCUUCCUCUAGCUCCUGUUUCUCUGCCUGUGGCCCUUGCCAUGACACAUAGGAAGCGGGGGCCUGCAACCACUUUGCAUUGACUCAGUCCAGGAUCAUUUCAGCCAUAUAGGAUGAGCCUGGAGCAGGGCAGUGUUGUUUCUGGUGCAAGGCUCUGCAGGGUCUGGGGAUCUUUUAGCCAGAAACAGCGCACCACUAUGUCUGGGUACUGUUUUCUUUCUUUUUAAUUAAUUGUUUAUUAAAGUUUUUUCAUAAUACAAGACGAUAAAAGAGACUAGUCUACAUAAGAGCAAUGCAGAAUUUGGGGGCUGUUUUCUGAGGGGCAGGAGCACUUAAUAAGCAAAGCUUAUUCUUAAGCUGUCGUUUGUCAUAAACAGCUCUAAAAGAUGUUUCAAAAUUCCUCCUUUUUAAGAAACAAAGGAAGAACUUGAAGAACUGAACAAAGAGAUCAGGAAAACAGCAAAUAUCGUUCGUGCUAAGUUGAAAAGUAAGUGCUGUUAUUGUAACAUCUAUAGCACACUAAAGGCCUGAUUCCUAAAAUACUGUGUCACAUAGCUGAGUGCAAAGUAACACAAGUCAGGCCAUAGUUGUGUAACGGUGUCAUUGGUAGGCUUUUAUAGCCUUACAGCAGGCGUGCACAACUUGCUGCUAGUCAAGCCAAACGCAGCCUACCAGGCAAAAAUAGUAGCUCACAAAUGGUCUGUUUCACACAUAGCACUAAGCUGUGGUUUGUUUAACAAACCAAGAGUUAGCUAUAAGUUAUACAGAUUACCAAGCAAACCAUGGUUUGUGUAGGCAAAGCUUUGUUCUGUUCUCCCCCCCCCCCCGGCUCCUCACUGCCUGAAUGGGUGGCUCUGUGGGUUAAACCACAGAGCCUAGGACUUGCCAAUCAGAAGGUCAGCGGUUCGAAUCCCCGCGACGGGGUGAGCUCCCAUUGCUCCGUCCCUGCUCCUGCCAACCUAGCAGUUCGAAAGCACGUCAGAGUGCAAGUAGAUAAAUAGGUACUGCUCUGGCGGGAAGGUAAACGGCGUUUCUGUGUGCUGCUCUGGUUCGCCAGAAGCAGCUUUGUCAUGCUGGCCACAUGACCCGGAAGCUGUACGCCGGCUCCCUUGGCCAAUAAAGCAAGACGAGCGCCGCAACCCCAGAGUCGGCCACAACUGGACCUAAUGGUCAGGGGUCCCUUUACCUUUACCUUUAGUACUGCCUUCCAGUGCCAUCCUUCCUUUUUUCACUGGCCAACUGCUGCCGAGGAGGAAACACGUCACAUAACGAUAGUGGUUGCUAUCGCUGACAGCCUGGAACUGCAGAAACGAGACUGACCACAGGGUGGUGGGCAAAAUUUGACUCCAAGGGCCACAGGCUGCUUGCAGGCCUGCUUCACAGCGACAGCAAAGAAGUCAGUGUAAAGAUUCACAGAGGCAUGGUGAGCAGCAUAUGGGGCAGUUUGUAUCUGGCAGGUAGAAUUUUUUCUUUUUUUUUAAAGUUCCAGCUUCCAUUCUAGUAACAAUGUGAGUUUCCCCUAAAGGCUCCCUUCUUCUGUCCCCACUGCAACGAAAGGUAACUGCUAUUCUUCAAACAAAUUGCGGUCAUACCUUGGUUCUCUGACGGAAUGUGUUCCGGAAGUCCGUUCGACUUCUGAAAAUGUUUGAAAACCAAGGCGCGGCUUCGGAUAGGCUGCAAGAGCUUCUUGCACUCAGUCAGAAGUUGUGGAAGCUGCGUCGGACGUUUGGCUUCCGAAAAACGCUCGCAAACUGGAACAAUCACUUCCGGGUUUGCGGCGUUUGGGAACCAAAACGUUUGAGUCACAAGGCGUUCGAGAACCAAGGUACAACUGUAUAUUAAAAAGUAGAAAUGACCAUCAGCUGUAGAGUCACCUUCCAGAUUCUUGAUAAUAUAAUGAUUAUUACGAAAAUUGCAACAGCAAGCAUAGCAGCUGGUUCUUUCCAGCUAGCCACUUGUUUCCAAGCUGGCCCUCCAGCCUCUGUUGUUUCAAACUAACAAAUGGUGCCUGCAACAGAAAUUUGCAGCGCCGGGUCCUCCUGUUUAGAGUUCCAGCUAGUCAGCCAGCUGUGUUCUCUUCUAGGAUUUUGCAUUUUUCUCCUCCUUGUCAAUUUUCCUAUGCCCAACAGACAGCAUUCUGUACACACUGGGCAUCCUCUGUCUUCAUUGAAUAGCUUUUGUUGUGUCCACCCCAGCCCAGCCUUUUAAAGUUAUUUAAGAAAAAAUAAUUGAUACUUAAAAUUUGAUGCCCCCCUCCUGGCCUGCUGCUAUCUCCCUCUUUCUUGUGCAUUAUAGUGCUGUUUUGGCUAAAUAGGGUUAGGCUCUUAGACGAUCCAUUUGCUAUUUAUAGGAUUUAAUUCUUGACUGAGUUUUGAUUCUGUAGGAAAUGUAAUUUUUUAAUGCAAUUUCCAUUUUUAUGGUAGGGAGUGAAGGGUAGUAACUGUGUGUGGCAUCUUAAGUUCCACGAAUUGCUUUUGUCUGUUUUGCAGCUAUAGAACAAAAUUUAGCUCGACAUGAGAAUGUGAAUCGAACUUCAGCUGAUGUCAGAAUACGAAAAUCACAGGUAUGGUACGGCUGGUAGGUGCCCUGAAGAGAAUUUUAAAGAGAGAGAGAGAGAGAUGUGUGUUAGGAAAUGGUAGCUCUUUUCUGCUUGAGUUUAUGGUUUAUUUUCUCAUUAUUUUGUGUGUGUUCAAAAUAAUUCAGUUUGAAAGUUAAGUCCCCCGCAAGCACUAAAAUGGGAAACAAAGGGGAUGAUUCACAGAACUAGAUGCCUGGAUGUGAGCUGUGCUGCAUCUGGGUGAGCAGCAAAGCAGUCAUUAGACAGCUCCCCACUGUCUUGAGGCUGCCAGCAUGACCCUGCACAGCUGUUUCCCUUUAGAGCUGCAAGGUCUGCACUGGUCCAAUGUCAGUUCUUUGCUAUCCUCCCAAAGUGGGUUGGCCUGCUUUUGGAACAAGCAGUGCAUUCUGCAUAAUUGUAAGUAAGUAAAUAACUAAAUUUUUAUGUACCGUAUUUUUCGCUCUAUAAGACGCACCUAGUUUUAGAGGAGGAGAACAAGAAAAAAUAAAUACUCCCCCUCUCUGCGCAGCGCCUCUCCAGCAAAGCGGGAGGAGAAAUGGAAGGGGCUCUGUUUCUCCUCCCACUUCGCUGAAGGGGCGCUGCGCAGCUCUCCCUCUCCGCGCAGCACCUCUUCAGCGAAGUCAGAACAGCAAGAGGGAUCGCUGCGCAGUGAAAGCAGCGAUCCCUCUUGCUGUUCUGGCUUCUGGGAUACCUGCGCAGCCUGCAUUCGCUCCAUAAGACGCACACACAUUUCCCCUUACUUUUUAGGAGGGAAAAGGUGCGUCUUAUAGAGCGAAAAAUACAGUAUACCCUGCCCUCCCUGGCCAAAACUGGGCUCAGGGCAGCUAACAUCAAAUAUCAAAUACAUUAAAACACAAUGAAACAAUUGAUUAAAGUACAGCUUAAAAAUUAGAAUCAGGAUAAAAUUAAAUGACUGCCCACGAAUUACAGCCAUAGGGGUCAGGAACCUCAAAUAUUCCUCGGGGCCAGCUAUCCAUGUUGGUCCCACAUGAGCUGAUAAAAUGGCCAAAGAGAUAACUUACAGGAUCCCAUAGAGGGGGGGUCAAACUGGGCCCAGACCGAAGGCCAGGCGGAACAGCUCCGUCUUCAAAAUUGGCUUCAAAAUUGCAAAGGCUACAGUAGCUAUGCUCCAGACUACUAGUUUCAUCGUCACCCAGUCUCCCCAGGGAACCUUGGGAACUGUAGUUCUGUGAAAGAGCCAGUGGGAUCGCAAACAACUCUCAGCAUCCUGCUAAACUGCCCUUUGGGGAUGGGGUGGGCUCAUAGGUAUGUGGAAGAGCAAUAUGCUUUACAUAUAAAAAUAAGUCCUAAAAGUAACUUUGCAAAUGUUAUUUAUAUCUAAUCCCAGCAUACAGUGUUGGCCCGGAAGUUUGUGGAGGUCAUGACAACAUACAAUACAACCCAGACAUGCUUUCGGGAACGUACCAAGGAUCAGAUACGGCGGCAGCUAGAAAUAAGUAAGGGAUUUCCUUUAUUGCUUAGUACUGCUGAAAGCUUUUCUGUGCUGUCAGGAUUAUGCAGGCAGUUAAGAAAAUAGCCAUCUAUAAUAGCUGAUCUCCUAAACAAAAGAAGUGGUUUUUAAUUUUGUAUAUGUCAUAAACUGCUUACAUAUUUUUUAUGAAUAGUGAGAUACAAAUAUAUUUAUAAAUAAAAUGCAUAUAUACAAAAAAUGCUAUACAAAUGAGAACUUUGCAAUAAAAUUUGCAGAAUGGGGCAACAGGGUUGUUAACUGCACUACUUCCUUGAUCCAUACAUGAUUGUGGUGAUAGUCCUGAAUAAACUGAAUGCUUGUUCUUCUGUUAACUAGGGCUGAUCCCACCCCUUCCUCAGUGCCAGGCAAUCUGACAUAUAAGAUGCUUGCAGCUAGAAAAACGUACUACCAGGAUGGUGAACUUGCAGCUCUCCAUAAGUUGCUGGAAUGCAACUUCCAGCAUCAUCUCACCAUUGGCCAUUCUGGCUGGGGCUUAUCUGAUUCAGGAGUCCAGCAGCAUUUGGAAGACUGCAUGAUUCCCAUCCCUGACUUUUUCCCAUCCCUGCUUUCUGUAGCACGAGAACUGAACACGAUUAGCAAUUUAGAUCCGUUUUUUCCAGCUCUCAGGGUGGCUUACAAUUAAAAUCCACCCCAAAAUACAAUAAUAGUUGUGGAUAGGCUGGUGCUUGUGUGUGUCAGAGCCAGUAUGGUGUAGUGGUUAAGAGCCGUAGUUUCGUAAUCUGGGGAACCGGGUUUGAGUCUCCGCUCCUCCACAUGCAGCUGCUGGGUGACCUUGGGCCAGUCACACUUCUUUGAAGUCUCUCAGCCCCACUCACCUCACAGAGUGUUUGUUGUGGGGGAGGAAGGGAAAGGAGAAUGUUAGCCGCUUUGAGACUCCUUAAAGGGAGUGAAAGGCGGGAUAUCAAAUCCAAACUCUUCUUCUUCUUCUUCCUCUGUCCCUUGGCAAUUGGCGACCAGUUUCUAGGUUCUUCCCUCUGGAGGAUGAGGCAGAUGAAGUUGGCAGCCAGGCAGGCAGUAAUGCAUUUGUUUCUAGUCCUCCUUAGUUGCACUUGAGAAUGUGGGAGGGUCUGCUGACGAAACUCAUUUAAACCACAGGUGGGGAGCCUGUAGCCCUCCAGUGGUUGUUGGACUCCCAACUCCCAUCAUCCCCAGCUUGCCUGGUCAAUGGUCAGUGGUGGUGGUCGUGGUGGAUUUGCAGUUCAACAACAUCUCGAAGGGCGACAGGUUUCCCAGCCCUUCUUAAAAGAUUACUGAAUAAUCAGGGGCAGAGGAAGGGGGUGCGGUGAGUGCGGUCUGCCCCUGGUGUCACCACUGAGGGUGGUGACAAAAUGCCAGGCGGCACUUACUGCGGCACCUGCAGUGUGCCCGAGCCACACAUCUCUCCUGGGAGAGACGCGGUGGCUUGGGCACCUGCAGGCUUCGCGCUGCCCCAAACAGUCCACCCACUGCCUCUCCCUCAGCUGUACGGCGGCUGAGUGGGAGGAGGCAGGCAGACUCUGAAGGCCCUGCGGUGCGCCUUGCCCCACCCCUGGACACCCGAGCAGCUUCCUCCACCACUGUGAAUAAUAUAAGUGCUCUGAGCACUUGAAGGAAGUAAUAUAUUUUAUAUAAAUAUGCCGCAAUAAUAAUUGUUGGUAGAAGUGUAGCAGAAGCUGUCCACUUAAAUACUAAGCAUACGUCUGUUGCUCUUCUGAUGAAGUAGCUUAAGAGGAGUCAUCUCUCCACACUGUCAAUUUCCUCUUGGUGAGAGGCAGACGUUUCCUUUCAGCUUCUGAGCAAGUAGUUAUUUUGCAGCAUGUAACAAAUGGACGUCUAUAAUUUCUUACUAGCUGGAAAAAACACUUCUGAUGAAGAGCUGGAAGAAAUGCUGGAAAGUGGCAAUCUUUCUAUCUUCACUUCUGACGUAUGUAUUUCACGCCUACUUUGCUUCCCUUGUAUGUAUAAUAUUUCUGGAGUGCUUAAAAUGAAAAAAAAAGGCAGUGUGCUUUUAGAAUUAAGAAGUUCGGCUCACAGGCUUACAACCUAAAUGUCUUUCUCUCUCUGUGUGUGUACUAUUUCUCCAAUAAAUGAAAAAAUCCAAUGCAUAUUUUCUUCUUCCCCAAAGAUUAUUUUAGACACCAAAAUUACUAGAGAAGCUCUUGAUGAAAUCGAGUCACGUCACAAAGAUAUUAUAAAACUGGAAUCCAGUAUACAUGAGCUGCAUGAAAUGUUUAUGGACAUGGCAAUGCUUGUUGAGGUUCAGGUAUGUGACCAAACUAUAACUUAAUUUGUUGCAGUGCAGUAUUUUAUUAAAACGUUUGGAGCAACAGUCAAUUAAUUGCAUUGGACAAUGUGACACCCCCUCAAAAAGCACUUAGGGUGUGUCCCAUAGGGUGUGUGAUAAAGCAGCCACAAAAAUGGGAGAUGUCAUCACUAGCAGGCAAAACCCCCAAACUGUUUUUCUGUUUUGUGAGCUGCUUUUCCUUUCAUUUGAGGAAAGUAAAAAAAAAAAAGGGGGGGGUGGAAAUAAAAAAAUAUGUACAAGGGUAUUUUCAAAAUGUAAUACAUUUCUCAACUGUGCUUUGGCUGUAUGGCAUAUUUAAGGAGGUUUGAUGCAGAUUUUGUGGGUAGCAGCCAAUCGGAUACUCAGAUCCACUUUAGUUCCUUGUUCAGUUCUUUUCCUUGAGAUUAUAUAAACAGUUGCAUUCAGGUAGCUUAGUUUUUUAAUUAUUACUAAGCGUAAUAACUGCUUUCUUAUGAUUGACCAGGCUUAUAGCAAAUAAAUAAUGACUCAAGUCUCCAAGUAAUGUGAUGCUUUGGGUGGGCUCUGUGGUUUUUCAUGUUAAUUAGACUCCUAUUGGGGGCUUUUAGCAGUGCAGAAGUGAAACGUUGAAUGAGCUUUUUAACACUUUGCUGUUUAUUGCUGCUGAUAAUGUCUGCUGACGGACAGAACCGCACAGGUAACACUCCUGCAAUAUUCCCAUUUUCCCCCAUGUGCCAUUUCCGGAGUUAGUUCAUCAAACAUGAUAUCAUAUUAUAUGUAUAUAUACGGGCAUUCUAACUGGAAUUGCUUUAAAGGAAGUUCAUGCAGGGAUAUCUCAUGCCUCCAACCUAGCCCUGAACCAGCAAGGACAGUCUCCGAGUGUUUGGAGAAAACUGAAAAUCUAAACGUGCUCUCCCUUACGAAUUAGCUCUCUUGUUCAGACCUUGUUCACUAUAGCUUGCAACAGGAGAGUUUCCCAGCAGACUGCUGCAUAGUUCUGGUCUGUCUAUUCCCCCACACCAUCUUAACAGCACCUGCAUUCUGUUACCUUAUCUCCCGGUGCAUAGAGAGAAGCCUAAAAAGUAGACAUGGAACAGGAAAACCACACUACCGCCAGUGCCUUCCAUUGAGGUGAAAGGCAGCCUGGCCUCUUUCUGCCUGUUAUGCUGGCAGGCAGGAGACUUCAUUAAUCUUAAUUAAUUUCUUAAUUUUUUUAUUUAUACCCUGCCCUCCCCAGCCAGGGCCGGGCUCAGGGCAGCUAACACCAAAUAUAAAUUACAAUAAAACGUAAUAGAAAAAACAACAACAAACAAACAGUUAAUUAAAAUGCGGCUUAAAAUGCAGCCUCAUUUUUGUAGUAGCCCAUAAAUCAAGACCAUAAAGGGAGGAAACAUCAGAUAUUCACCCGAGCCAGCUGUCCAUGCUGGUCCUACAUGGGCCAGCAAAAACGCCAAGGCAAAAUUUAUAUACCAAAUCCCAUAUAAGGGGUCAGAGUGAGUCUAAGCCGAAGGCCAGGCGGAACAGCUCCAUCUUGCAGGCACUGCAGAAAGAUGUCAAGUCCUGCAGGGCCCUGGUCUCUUGUGACAGAGCAUUCCACCAAGUCGGGGCCAGUGCUGAAAAGGCCCUGGCCCUAGUUGAGACCAAUCUAACCUCCUUGAGGCGCGGGACCUCCAAACUGUUGUUAUUUAUGGACCUUAAGGUCCUCUGCGGGGCAUACCAGGAGAGGCGGUCCCGUACGUACGAGGGUCCUAGGCAGGACAUCAUCUAAGCUGAGGUGCUGUGUAGUGCGUGUCUCUGGGAUACACAUGGGGAGCAUGUGUUUGACCUGUGAAAACAUGUCUUCAUAAUAAUUAGGGCAUGCUUACCUUUUAUCUUUCUUACAGAAGCAUAGUGACUCUUACGUGCAAACACUGUACAGCCCAGAUCUGUGCAGCAGUGACCGAGUGUCAAAUCUCGUUGACCCAUGAACCCACAACACAGCGAGUCUGAUCUAGCGCUGGGUGCCAGUAGGAAGUGUAAUCUGGCUCACCUGAGGAAUAUCAGGUGUGAAUGCCAGAAAAGGGAGAACAUUCAUCCCACUGUCCCUUACAGUAAUGAGCUUGGCCCAGCGUGCUUGUGUUUGGCUGGUUCACUGUGAGAGAGACUGUUGCACAGAAAAGGCAGGUUGCAGAUCAGGGCUGCUCUUGCAUCCUUGGAGGGAAGGUAGUCAAGGACAGGUGAGGUGGAAAAACCUGAGCCUCAUUUUGCAAUGCUGGGGUGGCAUUGCAAAGGGUUUCUGUAUAGCAAGGUAGAGUGCUUUGAUUGCAUAGCUUCUCUGGCAGCCCCUUCCUCAGGGGACAUAUUGCCUUGGAGAGCAGUCUGGUGUCCCUGAAAGAGGGAGAAAUAAAUUUAAUUCGUAGGAGAUAAGCUGGUUCCUUACUCUUUAGGGAGUUGCUGGUUUGAAGCUUAUUAGCUGUGACACAUGACAAUUUUUUAAAAAGUUAUGAUUGCAGCACAGGAAGCUGUGUGGGUAAGAGGUGUGUUCGGGUGGAUGGAGAGUGUAAGAUAUAAAAUUUCCAUGUUAGAAUGCCAGUCCUAAGGAAGCAUAUCUCAUUUUUGUAGUUAUGCUUUCAAUUAUCAGUAUUUUUUUCCAUGCCUGCUUUUACUGAUGUGAUGUCCAUAUGUCUUAAGUUAAGCAUCAAAUGUACUACUAAUAAAAACCUGCCUUUUUUCUUUAAAAUGUAAAUUUCAUCACAUAAUCCAUGUUGUGCAAUCAUUUAAGUAUGUUUCUUCUCGUCCUGAGCCAUUAAAAAAAAUCUGGAAAUUUCCAGCAGUGGUGAAAUAAAGCUCUGUUUCUGCUGUAUGUUCUUGUUUUCGCUUUAAGGGUGACAUGGUCAACAGCAUAGAGAAAAAUGUGAUGAAUGCAGUCGAUUAUGUAGAACAUGCAAAAGAAGAGACGAAAAAGGCAGUUAAAUACCAAAGCAAGGCUCGCAGGGUAAGUUUUCCUGUUGGUGAGCAAGUCUUGCUUUUAUUGCAUGCUUAGCUAGCUAGCUAGAUGUCUUUUUCUUAUUUUGGCAUGACAUGCAAAACCAAGAUUGCUACAAAGCCACCUUUUCUGGAGCAGUCCCAAAUAAAUGAUCAAGUUUAAGUUGGGGAAAGCACUUUUUUGUGUGUGUCACUAUUAUUAUUAUUAUUAGUAGUAGUAGUAGUAGUAGUAUUGCAUCCUCACCGAUGGAAGGAGUUGGAGAGAGGGGCUGUUUCUCUCUUUUCUUCUCCAAACAUUUGUGUUUAUUUGUUCUAUAAACUUAAGAUUUUGUCCUAUAAACUUAAGGGUUAGAGUCCUACUCAGAGUGGAGCCACUGAAAUUGAUGAACAUGACUAACUUGGAUAUAGAACCUAAUAAAGUUACAAUGUCAGAAAUUGGCUUUGUACACCGCAGUCCUGUGCAUGGUUUCUCAGAAGUAAAUCCUGCUGUUUUCCGGUGAGGCCUUCUCAUCAGUAGUUAAGAAGAUUGCAGCUUAAUUUUUUGCGUUAAUCAGACUGAUGUUACUGAAGAAUACGCAUGCUUGCAUGGCCGCAAGGUUUCCUAUUAUAUUACUGCUAAAAUUCUUACGAAUGCCUAAUAAUGUUGGCAUCUUAUUUAUAUUAAUCUGUGCUGUAAAGCGCUCUUUGAUAUUCCGGUGGUAUAUAAACUUAAUAAGUAAAAUAAAAAUAAUAAAAAUAUAGUGCUUCAAAGUGUUAAAAGGGCCUUGCACACAUGCAUGCAUGCAUGUGCACGCACACCCUGAAAUGUUGGGAGUGUGACACAGCUACACACCCACCUUCCCCUCUUAAACAUACUUGCACAUGCUAAAUAUUUGACAUGCUACACGGCUGGGGACUAAUGGUUGCUUGUUUGCUUGCUUGCUUAAUGCACAGUCACAUAACAACUUUCGUAUGUGAACAGGCCAUUGCUGAUCAAAUACCACAGAUGCUACAAACACGAUGCAUUUCAGAAAGAGACAGCCACUAGUCAUCAAGAGAUGCAGAAUCCACAUUAUGUCUGUGCAUGUGCGAAUGGGCCUUUAGGGAAUUUGCUGGGCUACUGAAGUUUAUUUGUCACGAUUGUAGUGGACUUGCCAGAGUGUUUGGGUUUUUUAAAAAAAAGAUGCAGUGGAAACGUUGCUAAUUUAAUUGCAUGUAUUGUUACACAUUUUUUUCCAGCUUCCUUUUUCCACAAAGCCCUUCAUUAGGACUAGCACGCAAUUUUCCCUCAUUGAUGGGAACUGAAAUUCCACAGGGUGGCAUAUGUGGGUCAGAAAGUUAAGCUGACCUUAUACAGUCAGAAUGGGUUUAUUUUAAACACACUUUUUCAUUCUUUCUUUUUGACCCCAAAAUGGCUUUAUUGUUUUUGGGGCUAACUGUACAGCUCCACAUAUGAACUGGUGGGAUGUUAGUAAGCUAUUUUUAAAUUUGACACGUGGUUUUUGGCUAUUCUGUUUUGUCCUGUGGCUCUCUAGUGUGGGCAGACAAUCAGUUGUAACCCCCUCACCCUGGUAAGGGCAGCUGGUACUACUGGCAUGAUGAUGAUUUAUUAUUUAUACCCCGCCCAUCUGGAUGGGUUUCCCCAGCCACUCUGGGCGGCUUCCAACGAAAGAUUAAAAAUACAUUAAAACAUCAGUCAUUAAAAACUUCCCUAAACAGGACUGCCUUCAGAUGUCUUCUAAACGUCAGAUAGUUGUUUAUUUCUUUGACAUCUGAUGGGAGGGCAUUCCACAGGGAGGGCACCACUACCGAGAAGGCCCUCUGCUUGGUUCCCUGUAGCUUCACUUCUUGCAGUGAGGGAACCGCCAGAAGGCCCUCAGUGCUGGACCUCAGUGUCCAGGCUGAACGAUGGGGGUGGAGACCCUCCUUCAUGAUGAGUAUAUUCCAAAGAAAAGAGAAUAGGAUGGAUCGGGAUGAAAUGGUGUGGGGAUAUGCCAUGGUAACCUUCCCCAUCUCCCUCUCGCAGCCUUGCAUUUAUUUUCUAUUAAAAAUGCAAGGGGCUUCAAAGUUCAUAAGUGAUUUAUGGUCUGGGGAAAACUCUGUGCUUCUGUAUCCCACCUUGAGGUGCUUACUGUGGAAUACAUGGCGCCAUCUUGUUUUGCUGUCAAAAUUUGUGAGAGGUUAAUCUGAAAUGGUGAUGUGGCCAAGACCACCUGUGAAUUUCAGGGCUAUGUGAACUCGACUCUCCUUAACCCUAGUCAAGUAACCUGUCCUCUGUGUCAAGUGUGGGGAGAAGUGUCUCCUUCAGUUCUUGAAUUACAAGGGGGCAUGAGAGAAGGAGGUUAGCUCUCUGAAUUUUUGAUGUCCCCCAGCUACUGUUUUAGAAGAUGGGUGGUGGUAGUAUAGCUUGGUUCAACUGGGAAGAGAGUGCAUGGGGCUUGAGAGCCAGUGUGGUGUAGUGGUUGAGAGCGGUAGUCUUGUAAUCUGGGGAACCGGGUUCGCGUCUCCGCUCCUCCACAUGCAGCUGCUGGGUGACCUUGGACCAGUCACACUUCCUUGAAGUCUCUCAGCCCCACUCACCUCACAGAGUGUUUGUUGUGGGGGAGGAAGGGAAAGGAGAAUGUUAGCCGCUUUGAGACUCCUUAAAGGGAGUGAAAGGCAGGAUAUCAAAUCCAAACUCUUCUUCUUCUUCUUCCUAUGAAUGUCAUUAAAGGUCCUUACCCCUCCCACACACACCCUUGGCCUCCCUUGUUUCUGUGCUGGAUUGCUGUUCGAUGGUGGUUAUUUACAAUAGAUUGGCAAAGCUUCCUGACACCCCAUUGUUAGCAGUAGCAACCAUAAAAAUUGCUCUUUUUUUUACUUUCUCAAUUAGACUUGGCAUUUCCGAUCUGUAGUAAAUCAAAUGUAAAUUUGUAAUUGGAUACACAGUUCAUAAGAACAUAUGAAGCUGCCAUGUUCCAGGUCAGACCAUUAGGCAGCGGUUCUCCAAGGUUUUAGAGAACGGUCACUUUCAGCCCUGCCUGAAGAUACCAGAGUUGAACGUUGGACCCUCUGCAUGCGAAACAGUUGCUCUGCAAUUGAAUUUACAGCCCUUCCCAAUGUAUGGCUUUCAAGGUUCUGUGGGUAAUUGACUCUCCCUCCUGUGGCCAGGAUUUUGCAUCUGGCUCUACCAUGGCCACUAUAUUGCACCUGACUACUGCAGGGGUGGAAAACCCUUUUGGUUGUGCAGGCCUGAUCCCAGCCUUGUGGGCCAAAUUUGGCAGGUGGGCCGGGCUUGUUUUCCCUUGCCCAGUGCACAAUCAGAAGAGCGCUUUGGGGCUUCUGAUUAUGUAUUGGCAAUCACGUCUGUACCUGCCCCACACCUGAUGUCACACCUAAUGUCGAGUGUGGGGCUUGCAGGUGUGGUUUGGUGAAAAGCUGUCUCAUGGGCUAAAUUUAAACCCACAUUGGGCCAUAUUUGACCCAUGAGUUGGUUUCUCCCCCUGCUCUAGGGCAUGGCCUUGGAGGUUCCAUUAAAAAAAACCCAAAGUAGAUCCAAAAAGGCUGCAUUACACCAUACUGACUUUUUCAGGCUGGGUGGUAGAACGGUACUUGACAUUUCUGAAACGAAGCUUUUAACACCAUUUUGCAAAAUUGAAACAAUUGCCUUACUUUCCUUUGGCAGAAAAAGUGGAUAAUUCUCAUUACAGUGCUGGUGGUGCUUGCUGUACUUGCUUUAAUAAUUGGCUUGUCGGUCGGGAUUAAGUGAUGCUUCGAUAACCUCAGCAUGCAGCCUCGCUCUGCUGUUGUGCAGUAAGUACUAAUCAACUAACUUGCCGUGCAUGCUAACCUUUGUUCAUCGGUGAUAAGUGCGGUGAUUUAACACACCCGCCAAGCUGGUGGGUUACACUCAACAGCUACGUCAACCCUUAAAUGUGUUUGAGAGCAGAAGUCAUGUGCAUAGUAAGAACUGAGACACCUAGUGGCUAGCUGCUGAAUAUAUUUCCUUCCAAUGCUUCCAACAGAUUUUGGAUGGAGUGAUACCCGCUGGGACUAGAUCUGUUUUGUAUUGGUGUAGGAACACACAAGCUUGGGGGCUUACACAGAUUUCAUCAACGUGUAGAGAAAGUGAUGGACUGGAGAGAGAAUUUGGAUCUUCUGCAAAUUGCUAACUGGGCCUCUCUUGAUCUGCAUGUAUUGUAUUUUUGAUAACAUGGAUGAAGCUGCUAUUUUCCUUUUGUAAAGAUCCUUGCUAGGCAGUAGUUGAGAAUUAUGUGGUAUGUCCUGUCUCAAAACCCAUUUCCUCCGCAGGAAGCUGCCUUACACCAGAUCAGGCUGCUCAGUACUAUCUCCUUUAACACUUCCAGGGUCUCGGGUCUUUUCAGGCAGGUGAUACCUGAUCCUUGUAACUUGAAAAGUCAGAGAUUGAACCUGGGAUCUUGUGAGUGCAAAACAUAAGCUAUGCCCAUUCCCCACGAAGCCUUCCAUACAGCCUUUAACAUACAGCCCUUGGUUCUCACAACAACAAAGCAAAGGCUGAGUUGUAUAUACUGCUGCAUAUUUGAUCCCUGUGAAUAUGUGCUUUGUCCCUUUUUCUUCUGUUGCUCUAUUAAGUACCUGAAACGCUGAUGUUACCACACAAAAGAAGAAACCUCAAAAAAUGAUGCGCUGUUCCCUUCUGUUAAACAUGGUUCUGUGUAACUCCAAAUGUUUGUUGCUCCUACACCAACAUCACAGUGCUCUAGUUUCUGGUUAUUUUAUUACCAGAAAGUCCCUUGACUUUAGUUUUUACUUUAGUUUUAAUGUGAUUACCACUGAAAUUGCUUGCUGUCAGGUAAUUAUGCUUAAGUUUGGGGGUGCAUAUUGUAAAUUCUUGCAUCUUUGAAUUUAUUAAAUAAUAAUAAUCUGGGGGGUAAGCUAAUCACAGUUUUCCUCUCUUUGCAGAAAUUGGUGUUCAUAAUAAUUUGUGUAGCCGUAAUCCUUCUAAUCCUUGGAAUUGUCCUAGCAGCGACUUUCUCAUAACAAACAGCACAUUCCAAGAGUUUGGGAUCGUCUGAAUCACACAUGCAGGGAAACCAACGUGGCCUAGUUCUUGUAAAGAUGCCUUUUCUUGCCAUAAUGAAAGUUUCUUUUGCAGGAUUGGCCAUUUACUAGCUAUUUAAGUAGUCAAUAGCACUUACGUUUUACUCCUGCAAAUCGGAACCAAAUUGUAACCACGGUUGUUGUUUUUUCUUCUUCCAAACAAGAAAAAGCUGGAAAGCCUAUCAUAUGGACAUGUAACCUUAAAAGCUGCUAAAUCUUUUCUGCACUAACUAAUUUGAAGAUGAAUUCCAACUUUAGGUACAUCAGUGUUACCAGUAUAGAAUUAGGGAAUUAGUUUGUGGUUUUUUUGUUUUGUUUUUUUGCCAGAAGCAUUCAGCUUUUGAAAUUUGGCUUCGUUUUCCCCACUAUUAAUUCAUCUUCUUAGCAUAACAAUCUUGUUUAAAAUUAAAGCAGCCACGUUCUCUAAAUAACUGUUUGACUUCAAUCCUAAACACAUUUACUUUGGAGGUGGGUCGCACUGAAGCAACUGGAUUUACUCUGAAGUAAAUGUGAUUGAGAUUGAGAUGCGAAGUGGCUUUCUCUUGUCUCCAGUUUUAAUGUUGAAAAAUGGUCUUAAACUAUAGGUCUUAAGAUUUGUGUGUGAUAUUUUUAAAAAAGCAAGUAAUUUUUUAUAUUCAUUUUUAUUAGCGCCAAGGCAAACAAGUAGAAGUUGAAGUGCCUCUGUAACAGUGACCUCAUCAACUCUUUGUUUUUAAAACUUAAACUCUAUUAUGAAUAACUUUUAAUCUGUGCUAUAAAACUGUUUCUUUUUAAAGACGAUCCACUCCACUGUGAAGUUUGCUAAGUGCUCUCUCUGUGUGUUCUUUCAGAGUUUUGUUAUAAAAUGCUUAAAGGACACAAGAUUUCUUGAGAUGAAUGAGAGGUGCUCACAUAUUCUGCAGUCCAUGCUAGGGAGCCUUCCAUUCACGUCAAUGGAGGGGAGGGAAGCUUUGCAUGCUUCUUCAGCCACCUCCACUGAAGUGAAUGGGGAAGCCUUCAUGGGUGACACUGCUCCAUACACGCACCAGGGCCCAUUGGGAAAAGGAUCUUUGGGUCCACGUUCUCUUCUCUUGUGCAAGUCCUGUUAAUUUUAGCAAGACCUGCAACUGAGGCUGAUUUAGUGGGCUGUGUUCAGAAUGCCUAGUAAGAAAAUGGGCUGCAAUAAAAAAAAAUGUGAUGAUGGAGCAAAGAUACAACUGUCUUGAAGCUUGACUUAAUUUUGAAAUACUUCCAAUCUGCGGUAUGUGCAAAGGAACUCGAAUGCGCACAGAUCAGAUCUGCGUUAACAAUAUUGGGUGUAAUGCAGUGAGCCACUUCUUUGCCCAGGAGCAAAAAUCAAGGUAUUGCUUCUUUACCAUUUCUGUUUGGUCCUUGAAGAGUGGGUGGUUGAUCAAGAGAAACUGGCAUGUUUAUACUUUAAAAAUAAUAAUAAUAAUCUUAAAUAAAACACUGAUUUUGUUGGGGAAUUGGCUUCUCAGUUUCCAAAACAUGAAUGAAGUGUUUGUGACGGCAAAAGCUUCGAUCCAAAGAAAGUUGGUUGCACUGAAAUCCUACUGAAAUGAAUGGGACCUAACACACAUAACUUCCUCUGGAUUUGGGGCCAAAGUGUCCACCUGUUCGCAACUUUUAAGCAUUUCUGAAGUAACCCAAACGUUUGAAUUUUGUUGGUUAUUUUUUGUAUUGUGUUUAUUACUGUGUAAAAUAUUUGUAAGUGUAUUUUGAUUUGCUACUGUUUAAAUAUAGUAAUGUCAAUAUUUAUGCUGAAAGAGAAAUAAACUAUAAUGGGUGCCUUUUUAAAAAACCAAACCAAACCAGAAUGUGGCCUUGAAAUGCUUAUUUUUCUGUGUUGUGUGUAUAAUAGAUAUGUAUAUAUGUAAACAUAAACCGCAGGUAUAUUUUGCCUUGCAAUGGCCCCCCCCCUGUCAUUUAUUUUACUUUUUAUGUAUUUGAAAGACUUACUGUUAAACAAUUGCGACGCAUGCAGUGACCUAAAAAGGUGUCUGUAAUAGUGGCUAUUUCUGAUGUGUAUAAAUUAUUGGAGCACUACAAAUGUUCUGUGGAAAGUGUUCACCCUGAAAAUAUGGAGACUAGUAAAUAUAACAUUCCAAAUAAGUUUCUUGAUGCUUUAAAAACACCAACAUAGGAUCUCUUUUUAAAUAUAAUAUUUUUCUAAAUAUUUGAGUUGGGAGUGUGGCGUGAAGACAUUGUGUAGCAUUUCCAGGAGACUUAUUGACACAUAACCUUAAUUGUUCAUUCAUUCAUUCAUUCAUUUCUUUAAAAUGAUUGCUGAACAUCUUUUGCUAUUUAAUGCAAACAUCUGUAGGAAUAAGUUACUCACUACACGUUGUAGGAAUAAUUAAUUAUUUCUGUUAAAGUGUUUUAAAGUUCCAUUCCCUAUGUAGCCACACCUUGAAAUUCCAAGACAUGCACAUCUUGCAGAGAUUAAUUUUGGGGAGGGCGGGGGGCAGGCAGGC